ACUCCGUGGCAGCAAGGCGACUCACAUGAGGACCCGGACAGACUACCCCAUCUGAUACCACACAACUCAUCAGCCAGGAUGUGCUGCAGGGUAUCCACUUGCUGCUGCAUCACGAAUCUGCGGCUCGCCACGCUCAUCAUUGCUGUCCUCAGUUUGAUGGGCAACGUUGGGGUACUUUCCUACACGUCGUGGGACAUCAGGAUGAGCCGGCUGGUCUUGCAGCAGCUGCUCAAAGACGGCGGAUCGGGGGAGAGGGACUUGAUGCUAGUGAGAAGCUACAGAGUCGGUAUGGCGAUUAUAUCGGUUAUCUUGGUGCUGUCCAUCGCUGCCAUUCUCCUAGACGUCGUGCUGUUCUUUGGAGCUUUUAGACGCCGACGGGACCUGGUGCAGUGUUGGACACACGGACACGCGGUAGUGUCUGGAGCUUACCUGGUCUACUUCUGGUUUGUGCUCGUGAACAACUUCGCCGCUGGCUUCAUCCUAUCUGGCUUCAUGUUUUUGGCCUCAACCAUCAUCGCCGCAGUGGUGACGGUGUACUUCUGGAUAGUGGUGCGUAGCUUCGACCUCAAGCUGCAACGGACCAACUUGAGAACAGUAUCUGGCAGUUGCCGUCCACCCAUCACCAAGAGUUACGAGCCGGUACCAACGCGCCCGAGUACUUUGUCUGAUACCGACAGACCGUUACCAGGAACACUUCAUUCGCCCCCACCCUAUACCAGCAAUCCCUAGACCGGAUCCACCUCUGCCACGGCCCCAGGUUUCAGACUUUCUGCUACUUUUAGUCGAUCACCAUUUCACAUAGGACUUACGCAGCACAGCUGGAAUAAAUCAAUUUUGUGGCUGACAGAUGGUAAGCCGAUAAACGCCAUGUGCUCUAGCAUUCAAUACUCGCGUGAGCAAUGAAGAUGAAAUAAAACUCUGGACUUGCGGAUUGAGGAGGAGAUGGGAAUAGUGGUGGUGACAGCUGGAUCGGCAGCUGUAGUGAAUGCAUCUGCCAACACUACAUCUGAGAAGUCCCCAUAUGUCUACAUCAUGCCUUCCACCGAGAUCUGGGCGCCUCCCUGUCCUUCUCAAAACCUCAUUGAGCAUGUCACCGGUUAUGCUUCGAAAGGAUUCCUCGACAGUUUUGGUGAUUUUUCAUUAGUCUUGCGCAGAUGUUGAGCCCCGUGGGACCCGCCUAUUCCCCAUAACGAGAUGUCUGGUCUGGUAAAGUUUGAGCUUCGUGGUUGCCACCCCCGUAUGGCAGGAGAUGUUGCUGGGGCACGCUAAAUAAGCCACCUCGAUGUUGUUGUUCAAGGAAUCCAUACACCCCAACAGCGAAGUAUGCUGCUGAUGUAAACAGGCCAGUGAUAGCUUUGUCUACGAGUUGAGGUGCUGACAUCAUUUGGAAGGAUACCAACAAAUUAUUUCCCAAGUUCUACGAAUUAAAGAGUGAUUUGGGGACUUGCUCAACUGCCGUAGACAUAAAGCAUUACAGCGAGCAUGUGCCGCCAGAGAAAUAGAUGCGAUUGGCUGGCAGCUGACCACUACUAUUCCACCCCGAGAAACGUCAGUCACAAAGCUGCUUUAAUCGAAGCAUAGCCAAGAUUUCCCAGGAAACUUUGAAACCUCUCUCCCAUAACACUCUCACAGAUCCCAUAAGGUAACGAGCUCGGCCACAGCACCGAAACUGUCGCUGCAACAAAUUAUGACACGUUUUGAAAUUGCCCGAAAUGUCAGUGCAUCGUGUCCUGUCGAAAUAUUCCGUUCAUGCUAACGAUACGCUUCUUCAACAUCGGUGAGUCAUCAAACGAAAAUUUUCUGCUUUCCAGAGAUCAAAUCUGAAUGCAUGUUGAAGAAAUCAUUGUGUGGGAAUGUUACAGUAAAUAGAUGAGAUCAUUUGUCUACAGAUUAGGAACGAAUACGUAAUCUAAUCUUUCCCACUGUGUAUAGCGUCGGCAAAAGAGGACUGUAAGUGAAAGGCUAACUUUUAAUGUGAACAAAAUGCAGAUGUCACGGUUAAAGCAACUUCUAAGCUUCAUGUUUCCAGAACCGUCGUUCCACCAUCACACCAAAUGAUACGAGGCAGUUCUCAACAACUCUGUUUAUGCGUUUUUGAAUUUCGCUUCUAACUAUAUUUGGCCUGAUGAUGAGACUAUGCUCGCAAAACGUGCAGCCUACUGCACAGUUCGUUUAAUUGUGCUGCACAAAUUUCUGGUCAUACUCAAGGAACACUGUAAGGAGUUAUAAGAAAGUAGAAACAAAUCAGUCAAAGUUCUGAACUAAAACAUCCUCCACUUUGCAUUGUCUCUGAAUGAGGCAAUUUACAGCGUCUAGACCGGCAGUUUUUGAAGAAACUAACUUUUCUCACACGCCCAUAUACGAGCUGGGAACUUUAACUAUUUAUUUACAAGUGAUGUAAAAUAUACAAGAGAGAUUCAGCUACCACAACAGAUGUCGUUUUAUGCGCCCCACAUCAUGACAGAACAGUGCUGUUGGCCGGUUCGCUUUGGAAUCGUGAAGCACACUGUCAAAAUGUCGCAGAAUAACUGGUAAAGUGCACGAAGGCAUCUCAGACCUAUUGUACGUUAGACAUAUCGCAUAUUAACAUCGCUUGUCAUUUAUUAAUCUUUCCAUUGGAUUACACACCGGAAAGUAGUUCCACGCUUCUCAUUUUGACAUUUCCUGUUAUUUGUUUCCGAUGACAAAACACACCUUGCUAAACAACUUUUCUGAUCGAUUUGCGAAAUAUUAACUACUAUAAACGGAAUAAACUUACAGAAGCAUCCAAAGCUUGUAACAUUGCACAGAUAAUUACACAAAGAAAGAUCGGAGACACUUGGGUAAGUAUGGCAGAAGUAAGAUAUUUUCGAGCCAAAAAUACCGCGGAGUUAAAUGGCCAGUCCUCAUUCAUAUAUUUUACAGUACGACUGCGUUUGCUUCGAGUUGCCCAAAGCUCUGAGAGGGAACUUAAGCUACAUCGAUUACGUGGUUGUCGCCUUUCUGGAUAUCGUUCGUGAUACAGACGUAGUGCAGAUUGAAUAAAACGGAUCAGUAGCGGCGGCUGAAUCGCCAUGUAUAUGUUUCAAAGUUCCACUGUCCUCCAAAAACGCCACCAGCGUUGUGUAUAAGAGACUAUUUUUUAGAGAUGAGAAAGUCGUAGGACACAUUCGUUCAGGUAGUAUAGCGGAUGGUACAGCAGUGUCCAGCUCAAACGAUCGAACAAAUCGGCCACAGCUGACACUAUAUGCGCGCGAGCAUUGUCACACAGAAUCAUCGAUGAGUUCUGCACUUCCACACUGAUGGCCUUCUGACAUACUUUCGACCGUCCGAUACACAUGGCUCUGUUGUGCAAGCGAGUAAUGUGGAGAGGAGGAGUCCAUUUGCGUUGGGAUAAGGUAGGUGUUUGUAAAGAGCGUGUGGUGUAAGCGAUGUUAUUUAAUCCACUUGCGUUGCGUCUUUACGACGGUAUUGCCGCAGUUAGAAGUUCCAACCCCCGAAUGUAUCAACUCUUUCCAACAUCAGCAGGUCUUGAAAUAUAAACGGGAGCAAUAAAGCUAACAUGUAGCCGGAAAAAAUAUUUUUGUAGUGAAAUGCCUUUCCUGCUGCCACGCCAACAUUUAUUAUACGAUAGGAGGUAAAAAUUCAUAGAAUGCCAUUUUCUCUGUUUUCGAAUGUUAACUGUUUCUGCGUUGCAGUUAUGAGGUUAUGCAGGGUUAUGAAGUAGAUAGAGGCUAACAUAUGUCGAGAAAAAUGUGAAAAAGCCUAAAAUCUAUAUUCGUGUUGUCUGUUGCAUCAAACAGUCUCUCAAGAUAGCUCCCAAAUUUAAACUAUCACAACAGUAAGUCGUAAUGUAAUAAAUGGCACCCAUCCUCUGCUCGCUUUGGACAGAUUUUCGUUAGUAUCUUGACUGAAAAGCGGGGCAUCAGGGCUACGGAAUUCGCAAAGAAAUGCAUGACAGAAUAUUCAGGUGCGAUAUUCAUCGACAAGGACCUACAAUAGGACGUCUGAAGAGACUGUAAAAAUGCCAUCUUGAAAUAGGACAGCAUCAAUUAGGCGAUUAUUAUUUAGGGCGGGGGAACGCCGACCUGAACUGAAAUCCAAAUCGAUACACAUUUCAGAAAGUCUGCAGAAGAUUCCUAAUGUUAUCCUAUGAUUCACGUGAAUCCCUACCAACCCGUACUCCCUCAGAUACUAUCCUUAUUUCUGACAUUCCACCAUGAAGACAACUUGGGAACAGAUGUUACAACCUGGAAGGCAGAUGUGGAGUCCUUUUCCCUUCCUAUGUUGUCUAACGUACUGCAUUGCUAAGACUAUUUAAUUUUAAAGAUACGUCAGAACAACAUAUAAUGUCUCGUUGUAGUGGAAUAUCUGUACAAAAUUUUUCACUACUUCAUAGAUAAGAAACUAUGAUUGUAGUUUAUAGAUUUUAAAGCUAGUGAAUUUUAUAUGAAAUAAACUGAAAAAUAAUGUGAAAAUGUCA